AAUGAGAAAGUCUAAAGAAGAUAAAUUUCAAUAAUCUUUUGCUCAAGUGUCUACUGGAGGUGGAUAGAUAUAACAAACCUUUGCAAUUAUUUAAGAAUCAAGAAGAAGUAUGCCAAUGAUAAAUUCAUUGAAGUUGAUAGAUGAUGAACCAUGGCUAGAUUAGUAAGAAUAUUUAAUCUAAUAAGUAAAUGGUUAUCAUACGAGAAGUACCUAGUUAUGGGAAGAGAUUUAAAAUUGAAAUUCUAUAGUUUUGAUCUUAAAAUAUUAGGCAAAUCUAGAGAAUUGAUAGAAGACUAAGAAGAAAUCGUAAAUUAGUUAUUAGAUUAGGGAGUAAAGUUUAUAUCAAAACUAGACAACAGUCAAUAAUCUCUUCUUUCUUAAAAAGGAGUUGUAACUUUAAGGUAAGUAUUAGAAAACUAAUUUUAAAGUCAGAUAAAUUCUGAUUAUUAUUAUUAGACAUUUCAAAUGCAAGGACAUACUUUAGAUAUAUAGAAGUAUUUAAUUAAUGUAUUUUGUUUAAUGGGUAGAAAAUAAAUGUAUUAUGUAAUGCAUUUUUAACUUGUUCCAAAAUUAACUAUUGAAAUUAAUACUAAUAUAUUUGAUAUGUGUAAAUCCUUAUCUCAUGAAUUAGGAACUAAUCUUAAUUGUAUACAAAGUUUAUCAGAAAUAGCCUUAUAAAAAUCAUCAAUCACUUAAGAAAUCAAAGAUAACAUUAUUUAACCAAUAUUAACAAAUAGUCAAUAAUUGAAUUUAAUAAUAUCUAAUAUUAGAGAUUAUAGUUCAAUUGAAACUGAUUAGUUCUAAUUGAGUUUAUCAACAUUUAAUAUUCUCGAUUAAAUUUAAGCUGUUGUAGACUUCUUCUAACUUACUUGUUAAUAAAAAGGAAUAGAAUUAAUUUUACCAACAGAAUCUUGUAUUAUAAUAUUAUAAUUAGUUCCUAUUUUCAAUGAUCGAGAUCGAUUUCGUUAAGUAAUCUUUUAAUUAGUUUCUAAUGCUGUUCGUUUUACUAUCACUGGAACUAUCUAGAUUUUUAUUAAAUAAAAAGAAUUUGCCUAUGAAAUUAUAGUUAAAGAUACUGGAAUAGGAAUGGUUAGUAAUUUAAUAUUUAUAUUAGGCUUAUUAAGAGGAGAAUAAUCUAAGGAGAAUCUUAGAAUAAAGAAUAAUGUUAAGAGUAUCAGAAAAUAGUAUAGGAUCAAGUCUUGGAUUAUUUAUAAGUAAUUUACUUGUUAAAAAAUUGAAUGCUGAUGAAGAUUGUAAAAUUCAAUUUACUUCAAGUAAAUCAGGUUCAUGUUUUUAUUUCUUAAUUAAAAAUAUGUCUGAAUUCAAAGAUAAUGUUGAAAAACUUCAAUCUAAAUUUCAUAGAACUAUUGUUAAAUUCUAAACAAUCAAUUCAUAUUAUGAAAAUAUCAAUGAUGUAUAAAUUAAAUUCGGUUAAGUCACAUUUAAAUCUAUUUUUAGUGGAUAAUCUAAUCUAGAUGAUGGCAAUAUAACUGUUUAUUCUAAAGAAUUCGAUGAAAACAAAUAAACUCUUUAACCUAUCCAAUCAAUUGUACCCUAACUCUAAGAUACUAUUCAAGCCUAUUCACUUAAAAGUACUUGCUGUUCUAGAGUUUUAAUAGUUGAUGAUGAAUACUUUAAUAUUAUGGCUCUAUAAAUGUUAAUGUCUUAAUACUCUGCUCUAAGUGAUAAAGCUUAUAAUGGAAUGGAAGCACUUGAAUAAAUUAAUAACAAAUUAAUUAAGCCUUGUCCAAAAUGUUAAAAUUGCUGGUAUUAACUAAUCUUCCUUGAUAUCAACAUGCCCAUCAUGGGUGGAAUAGAAACAGUCAGAGUCAUUAAAAGAAUGAUGCAAAAUAAAAUUAUUAAAAAAGUUUAUGUCAUUGCAAAUACAGGUUUUAGUGAUUUAGAAACAAAGGAAAAGGCUUAUGAUGCUGGUAUAGACUAUUUCAUGACUAAACCUUUAAAUAUGGCUACUUUUAGGAGUAUAGCAUCCAAAAUAUUUCCAAUGGGAUGA